AUGUUCCCCGUACCUCAGCAUCUACCUCGUACGGGAGGUGAGAGUCUCUCAUCGGAAAUACCAGAUCAAGAUCCUGUCCUGGACCUACUGAAACCGCUGAUAAGCCAAGGCGAGUCGAGUAAAUUUACUGGAAAGCAGGUUCAAGCUGUCAGAGAGAGUUUGGAGAAAGCAGUGGACAAUAACAAGGGGAAAGCACACCAACUAGUUAUAAACAACUUCCCAUCGAUUUCAACCCAAAUCCAAUUAUCCACCAACCUCCAAUCCGAUAUAUUCGAUGUGAGGCGUAAAGUGACAAGCCUCGAAGCUGAGAUAGAUCAUUCGGACUCACGAACAUCAUUCCUUCCUCCACUUAUCAGUUCCCUCAAUCGACAUUUCUCAGCUUCCUCUUCCCGGUCCUCUGCUCAAGCUCACAUACGAGCGUUGAAGUCACUAUCAAAACAUACCGAGAGGAUAAAAAAGCUUGAAGAAGCUGUAUGGUCAGGACGAGGUGCGGAUCAGUGGGUCUUAGAUGAAUUAAGGGAUGAGAAAGGAUAUGUGAUUGGGGAAGACGGGGAAGAAGGUGAAGAGAUUUUGAGGGGUACGAAAAUAAUGAGGGACAUUGCUAACAAAGAAGCUCUCCUAAAAUCUAUGGUGAUUGAGCAGAUCACGGAAGGACUUGACACGGCCGUUGCAUUUUCUCAACCAACGUCUGAGCAGGGAAUAACGUUGACUGUGCAGAAUACCAUCGCACUACAACGUCCUCGAACUACACCACCACCUCAACUGACUCCUACCACCUCACCCCAUUAUCCCCUUAAGGAUAUCUACUCAGCCUUAUCUAAACUUAGCUUACUAGAUGACCUCCUCAAAACCGUAUCCAAGAGGAUACAAAGGGACCUCAUACGACCCAUCGUAUCUUCCACGCAUACCAUAACAAUCUCAUCAACCGAUAAAUUAUCCUUACUUCGUCUCGAGCCUUCUCCUGACACCUCACCUCAGAAGGUAUUGGAAAAUAUCAAAUCCAUCUUAUCCUUCACCCUCAAUACGAUCUUCCCACCGUCAUCUGAUCUUCCAGAAAGAGCCGCAUUCGUCUCGUCAUUGACGAAUUCGGCGUUCCAAUCCAUCCUCGAUUUCCUCAUCUUACCCUCCCUACCUCCUGCGCUCACCGACGCACCAACCUGGCUGGAAACGCUACGUCAAGCUACAGAAGUAGAAUCUGAAUUCUGCCAAGAAGGAUCUCAAUCUCAAUCUCGGCUGAUCAGACCGUUUUUCGAGACUGAAGCGGGAAGUACGUGGGCACAACAACGACGGUAUACUAUAGCGGAUGAAGUUAGACGAUUGAUCUUGGGCGGAUGGGGAGGGUGGGAAAGUGUAGUAAAAGAGAAAGAAAGAGAGGUGAUAUCGUAUGUCGAAGUGGAGGUGGAUGUGGAAGAUGAUGCACCUAUGGUUGUAAAAUCGCAGAAAGAUGGAGAAGAAGAUUUCGGAUGGGGUUUCGAUGAUUCAACUUCACCGAAGAACAACAUGAACACAGCCAAGGUAGAAGAGCAGGGAAACCAGGAUGUGAAUAUGGAAGAUGAUGGGUGGGGAUUUGAUGAAUCGUCAAUCGCUAGUGCUGGACCUUCAAGUCCACCGAGACCAUCAAAUCCUCCUCCGGAACAAGUAGAGGACGAAGCGGAUGGAUGGGAUUUGGAUCCAUCACCCUCGCAUUCUGCUCCCAGUGCCGAACCUAAACCUACAGCUACACCUGUGCCAGCCCCGACACCGAAACCCGCUAGACCCGCUAGAGAAGCUAAGCGAUUAGGAAAAAAAGUGGCGAAGGUGAAACAUGAAGAAGAGUAUGAUCCGUGGGGCUCGCCUGAUCCUGAUGAGGACACGAAGAAAGCUACAAAUGGAAAUGAUCAUCAUCCUCAGACACCGUCCCCUAUUGAACCUGACAAAGUGGUCUCAUCACCCUCGAUUGUCAAGCAGGAUAACGCGGAUGAUGGGUGGGGAUGGGAUGAUGAUUCUACACCUGCUCCUGCACCUUCGACAGGUACGACCUCUGCAUCGACUGAUAUACCGGUCCUGAAUGUACCUUCUAAGCCGACGAAGAGGAAGGAAGUAAGGGAAGAGAAGAGUCUAGUAAUAGAGCGUUACCUUGUUUCGACAUCGUGUGAGACACUGGUCGAUAUAGCAAAGAGCGUAUCGAAAGAUAUUGAGGAGCUAGAAUCACUCGAAUUAUCCAGCCCAUCAUUCAACGUCUCCAUACUCCAACCUAUACUAUCCGAGUCGAUCAAAGAAGUAUUUACCUUAUACCGAGCUUUACUUCCUACUCAUUUUGCCAACCAACUAAGGGACGUACCCAGUCUGUCCAUGCAGGCGCACAACGAUUGUAUCUACCUCUCCGACCUAGUAUCCCAGCUUUCAAUAGAGGACACCGCGCUCAAUGGGGAGAAGGAAAAGUUGAUGGAUCUUGCUGAACAUAUCUACGAGACGCAGAUAGACUUCCAGCGGACUUCUAUGCUUGAAUCGUUGGAUGAGCUGAAUGAGCUGCAGGGUACGAAUGAAGAUAAGUUAUUUAAGAGGGAUGAGAAAGUUCUGAAAGGGGUGAUACAUAACUUGGAAUCUUUGGAUAGGGUGAUUAAGCCCGUAUUGUCAUCUUCGAAACACCUCGAAUUCAUCUCCCACCUCGUCAUUACCCUGACCCAAAGGUUAACGAAUGACGUGAUGACCUUGGGGGAUAUAACGGAAGUGGAAUCAAACAGAUUAACAGAUUUGUUCAAAUUGGUUUAUCCCCUUGAACAUAUCUUUGAACCUGAGGGUGGUGUAGUGAGGUGGGUAGGAGGAGGAUGGUUGAAGUUCUGCUAUUUAUCUGAAAUCUUGCAAGCAUCCUUGGUGGAUAUCACCUACCUCAUCGAUUCAGGAUCCUUGAUCGAUUUUACACCCGAUGAAUUGAUAGGUCUCGUAAGAGCGUUAUUCGCACAUAGUGAAAAGAGGGAUUCGGUCAUUGAGAGGAUAGAAAGGGAUGGUACGGGUGGUCAACCUAUCUCAUAG